ACAACUUCACGUCAAACAAUGACCACAAACAACAACUCGUGCACCAUUGUUCGUCGUGGGGUGUAUAUAAGUAAGAGCGGACUUGAACUACGACCAACGGAUCUUCUCACGCAAGACUCGCUACAAUCAUCAAACAUGGAUAGCUUCACCCAAGUCAUCAUUCUUGCUGUACUGGUCGUCUUGACUACAGCACAGACGAACGAAACAUUUGCCAACUCCACAACAGGCCAAGACAAGCCUCUAGCCUGUCUCAAGGCUGAUGGCCUGACAGCCAACUGGCAGGACGAGACAUGCAGCAGUUACUUCGUCUGCGACAACUUCGUUCUCAGGAUCGUCCACUGCGAAGAGGGCAAAGCUUUCAGCCUCCUGGAGCACGCAUGCGUGGACAGAUCUGCUGUGGACUGUGAGGAACAGAACAACGCAGUUCGACUUAACGUCCGAGCAGCAGCCAUCUUGCGCGAGACAUCUGACCCUAGCUACGUCAUGCCCGAUUUGGACAACGAAGACCCCAACAACCCAAUUAGCGACGACGCCAGAGUCGCCGCCAUGCUUCACUCCCUUAGGACUCCUAAAAAUACCAGAACCAAGCGUGCUGCCCUGAAGACUUUGGGAAUCCCCUUAGCAGCUGAAGCCAUAGAAAAAAUCAACGUUACCCUUACUGACACUAUCUGUGAAAGAAUCGACGGUGAGACGGUCAUGAUCGAAGCUCUAAUGAACGCCAUCCUAUUGACGGAAGCUGGCUGCAGGGACCUGUCUUGCGGCAUCCCUCUUCUGAGCCUCGUCUGCCCGGUCGAACGCGACGGUGAGAAGGACAUGUCAACAAACGCCACCAUGAGCGCCACUUUCGCCAACCUGAUCUUCGGCAACAGCACACUCACUAAUGAGGGUACCAGCAGCAACGCCAAUAGCACUCAGGCCAGGAGUAACGGCACGUCCUCCGAGCCCUCAGCCACCAAUAUUUUUGGGGUCGGUGUUUUUGACGCCUCGGAAAAUAACGGAAAUAGAAAUUCGGAUGUUUCCGGCGCCACUCGGGAGCAAGGGGAGAUUAACGGGAAUAGCAAUUAGGACGACACGGCCAAAAACAAAACGUAAGGGAAACAAAUGAUGCAAGGGAAAUUUGGUUUCUUCAAAUAAUUAAUAAACUGCAAAUUAAUUUUUAAAAAUAAGUUUAAGUGCAAUACCACGUGCUCAUUAAAUUGUUUUAUUGGAUGAAGGACGAGAACGCUAUCGAUAAUUGUACCUUCAUGGCGCGACAUGUGACAUAUGGCACGUGACGUGGGAGUCCCGAUAAAAUGUAGAAAUCCAAAAAAAAAAAAAAAAAAAAACCUAAAAGGGGUAGGAGCGUGAGGUGUUAAGUACUUAACUAUAAUAACGCUGGGAAAAUGUUUUCACAUCAUUUGUAAGUAUUUAGUUUUUAAUUCACGCUAAGCUUUUCUAACAAAGGACUUGAGCUGAUAGUCUGUCUCAGUUUAGAUUUGACACAAGGUAAAACAAUAGUUCCCUAGAUAUAGAACGAAUCUGUAAGUCUCUAUGAUAUUUACAAUAUUAUUUGGUUGAGUCAGGAGACGACUUUGAAUAGUUUCGCACUUUUUAUGACUUUCUAGCUUAUGAAAUUGAAAUAUCAGGCGUUAGGGUGUCAUUCAGUAUCUAAGAUAACAAUGUAUUUCUAUAGUUUUCCACUGAAGCUUAAUGCCAGGCUUACAAAAUAUUGAAGCUGAAUUUCGAUAGAGAGCAUGCGACAAUGAAAAUUUAAACUUUUUGAAAUAUCUGAAAAAGAAAUAUUAUAUGUAACUGUUGUCAUAGCUAGGUGAAAUAAUUGUUUCGUUCAGAUAUUGAACAAAUAAUUUUGCUAGAAUAGCUAAAUCGUUUCUAGUUAUCAAUGAAAAUUCAAGUAAAUAAAUGAAAAAGCAUUUCUCACCAAUCAGCAUUAUCGUAAAAUUGCAUUGAUAAGGAAAAUAUGCAUUUUCUGUUUUUAACCAAUUCACUUUCAAUUCAAAUCUCCUAUUUGUACAUUUUGUUUUUAUUUAGAAGCAAUAGUCACGUGACAUGGUAAUUAGCUCCUAUAACUCUUAUACUAUCUGAAGCAGUUUUAACUAUUAUGAGUUUUGAAAAAAACAAACAAACAAAAAACAUUGCAUUGAAAUUUGGUUCAACAGAAAAGUAUUUGACACUAACGGAGCCUUGUCUAGAGUGAGGAAUGGGUGAACAGUUCGAAGUAGUAUAUACUGUCAAAGACUUGAGUCAUAAUAAAGUGUCAUUCUAACUAGCGCGUUACAUUCUGUUUUCACAUUUAAACAUAUCACUUCCUUCUUAGCAUACUAUAAAUGUUAUGUUUAUAAACUAGAACAUAAACACACAAUAUCCUUAGCUUCUAAGUGUCUUUGUAUCUUAGACCAAUAUUUCAAUAGAGACAUCGGCUCAAUUUCUUCAUGUUUUAUGAAACGCUUUGAAAUAUGUGCACAUACUUUCACAGUUAUUGUUAAAGAAUGCGAUUAAAAAUGAUUAUUGCUAUAUGUACUA